GGAAAACUGGCGGGGGCGCGAGGCGCCGCUCUCUCUCGGGUCAGAUUCUCAGCUCCCAGCUCCCCGCUCCCGGCUCCCGGCGCCCGGCGCCCGGCGCGGAGCGGUUCCUCAAACGACACGCAGCCGAGGUCGGUGGGUGUGGGGACUCGGGAGCCACUGUCGUCGGAUCCGCCCGCAGUCCGCUGUCCCGCCGAGCCCGGAGGCCGCCUGGAUGGAGCCGCCGCUCCCGGCCGGAGCCCAGCCCCUUGCCACUGUCGAGGGUAUGGAGAUGAAGGGUCCUCUCCGGGAGCCCUGCGCCCUGACCCUAGCCCAGAGGAACGGGCAAUAUGAGUUAAUAAUCCAGUUGCAUGAGAAGGAACAGCAUGUUCAAGAUAUCAUUCCUAUAAAUAGCCACUUCAGAUGUGUUCAAGAAGCAGAAGAAACUCUUUUGAUUGACAUAGCUUCUAACAGUGGCUGCAAAAUUCGGGUUCAGGGGGACUGGAUCAGAGAGCGCCGCUUUGAAAUCCCUGAUGAGGAACACUGUUUGAAGUUCCUCUCAGCUGUCCUUGCUGCUCAGAAAGCUCAGUCACAACUUCUUGUUCCAGAGCAAAAGGACUCAUCUAGCUGGUACCAGAAAUUAGACACUAAGGACAAACCUUCUGUUUUUUCAGGGCUUCUCGGAUUUGAAGACAAUUUUUCUUCUAUGAAUUUGGACAAGAAAAUAAAUUCACAAAAUCAGCCUACUGGGAUUCACCGGGAACCCCCACCUCCACCCCCUUUAGUGAAUAAAAUGCUUCCACGUGAAAAAGAAGCUUCUAACAAGGAGCAGCCCAAAGUGACCAACACCAUGCGGAAGCUCUUUGUACCAAAUACCCAAUCUGGGCAGCGGGAGGGUCUCAUCAAACAUAUCCUGGCAAAGCGAGAGAAAGAAUAUGUCAACAUUCAGACUUUCAAGUUUUUUGUUGGAACUUGGAAUGUGAAUGGCCAGUCUCCAGAUAGCGGGUUAGAACCUUGGCUGAACUGUGAUCCCAGUCCUCCUGAUAUCUACUGCAUUGGAUUCCAAGAACUGGACUUGAGCACAGAAGCCUUUUUUUACUUUGAAUCUGUGAAGGAACAAGAAUGGUCCAUGGCUGUAGAGAGGGGUUUGCAUUCCAAAGCCAAGUAUAAAAAAGUUCAACUGGUACGCCUUGUCGGGAUGAUGCUUCUUAUAUUUGCCAGAAAGGAUCAGUGUCGAUAUAUUCGUGAUAUUGCUACAGAAACAGUUGGAACUGGAAUCAUGGGGAAAAUGGGAAACAAAGGUGGGGUCGCUGUGAGAUUUGUGUUUCACAACACCACCUUUUGCAUUGUCAAUUCCCAUCUGGCUGCCCACGUGGAGGACUUUGAGAGAAGGAAUCAAGAUUAUAAGGACAUUUGUGCAAGAAUGAGUUUUGUGGUACCAAAUCAGACCCUCCCACAAUUGAACAUCAUGAAGCAUGAUGUUGUCAUUUGGUUGGGAGAUUUGAAUUAUAGACUCUGCAUGCCUGAUGCCAGUGAGGUGAAAAGUCUUAUUAAUAAGAAAGACCUUCAGAGACUCUUGAAAUUUGACCAGCUAAAUAUUCAGCGCACACAGAAAAAAGCUUUUGUUGACUUCAAUGAAGGGGAAAUCAAGUUCAUCCCCACUUAUAAGUAUGACUCUAAAACAGACCGGUGGGAUUCCAGUGGGAAAUGCCGGGUUCCAGCCUGGUGUGACCGAAUUCUUUGGAGAGGAUCAAACGUUAAUCAGCUUAAUUAUCGGAGUCACAUGGAACUGAAAACCAGUGACCACAAGCCUGUUAGCGCCCUCUUCCAUAUUGGGGUGAAGGUUGUGGAUGAACGAAGGUACCGUAAAGUCUUUGAAGAUAGUGUACGCAUCAUGGACAGAAUGGAAAAUGACUUCCUUCCUUCCUUAGAACUCAGCAGGAGGGAGUUUGUGUUUGAAAAUGUGAAGUUUCGGCAACUACAAAAGGAGAAGUUCCAGAUCAGCAACAAUGGACAGGUUCCCUGCCAUUUUUCUUUCAUCCCUAAACUUAAUGACAGCCAGUACUGCAAGCCAUGGCUUCGGGCUGAACCUUUUGAGGGCUACUUGGAGCCAAAUGAGACAGUGGACAUUUCUCUUGAUGUGUAUGUCAGCAAAGACUCUGUAACCAUCCUGAACUCGGGGGAAGAUAAGAUUGAAGAUAUUCUCGUCCUUCACCUGGAUCGAGGCAAAGAUUACUUCUUGACCAUCAGUGGAAAUUACCUCCCAAGUUGUUUUGGCACAUCCUUAGAGGCUUUGUGCCGUAUGAAAAGACCAAUCCGAGAAGUUCCUGUUACCAAACUCAUAGACUUGGAAGAAGACAGCUUCCUAGAAAAGGAGAAAUCCCUUCUGCAAAUGGUUCCUUUGGAUGAAGGUGCCAGUGAGAGACCCCUUCAGGUCCCCAAGGAGAUCUGGCUUCUAGUAGAUCACCUAUUCAAAUAUGCCUGUCACCAGGAGGACCUGUUCCAGACCCCUGGAAUGCAGGAAGAGCUCCAGCAGAUCAUUGAUUGUCUGGAUACUAGCAUUCCUGAGACAAUCCCUGGCAGCAACCACUCUGUGGCUGAAGCACUGCUCAUUUUCUUGGAAGCCCUGCCAGAGCCAGUCAUCUGUUACGAGCUGUAUCAGCGAUGUCUUGACUCUGCUCAUGAUCCCCGGAUCUGCCGACAGGUGAUCUCCCAGCUUCCGAGAUGCCAUAGAAAUGUUUUCCGUUACUUGAUGGCAUUCCUUCGAGAACUCUUAAAAUUCUCUGAAUACAAUAGCGUCAAUGCCAACAUGAUCGCUACUCUCUUCACUAGUCUUCUCCUGAGGCCUCCACCCAACCUUAUGGCAAGACAGACUCCAAGUGACCGCCAGCGUGCUAUUCAGUUCCUUCUGGGCUUUCUGCUUGGGAGCGAAGAAGACUAAGGCUCUUACUAGUCUCUGAUAUUCUAGAAGCAGACGAUCUCGGGCUCCAAGUAUUUCAGAAUGAGUUAAAAAGUCAUGCCACAGGAAGGGUCUAUUGCAGAAUUUCAAGUUCUGUUUAUAGUAAAAAGGAAGAGUGUUUCCUAAUCCCUCCUUUACCAUAUCCUCCACAGCAAAAUACUUUUAGACUUAUAUUGCCAAGCCAAAGUUACCAUAUUUUGGUGUUUUUGUGUUUUCUCUUUAUAAGGCAAAAAGAUCUGUAUUUACACUCCUUUACCUAGGGAUGUGUUUGUUGCCCUCCUAUCCAAUUGUCAUGAUUGUCCUUAGUACCCUAGGCCUAGAUUCUGAGAUGUUCCCAUUCUGGGCCUACAAGCACUACUUGCUGUAGCUGAGACUUGUCUAGAGUCCUUUGUAUAAUGCACUUUUGACCCACCCCUUCCCGGAUCACUCCUUUGCACUGCACUCCCCUCGUUCUGUCACUUUGAACGAAGUCUGAGUGAGGCUAGUGACUCCUUGGGUGUCCUCAACAGUGAAUUCACUGUCCGCGUGCAGUUAUUACAUGCAUUUGUGCAUUUCUACUACAAUGGCAUCUUUAUGUCUCUGUAACAUUGGCCUUUUCAUGGCUCCGCACUGGGUGGAACCAUAUUCUCUUAGAUCACAUUUAGUAGCAUAACUUUAGGGACUAUUAGAGAUGGCAUCCCAUUGAUGUGAGAGAAUCACAAUCAGAAUGGAAGCACUUUGAGUAUCUGAAGAGUGAGAGCAUUUGUGUUUGACAGGUCCUGCUUCCCACUAUCCUUUUCCUAUUGUUACUCAAAUUUUACACAAGGACUAAUCCUGGGUGUCUCUGAGACCCAUCUCCUGCCUAGACAUCCACCUCCAGAGCAACACUGGCCCCACAGUAAAAGAGGGAGUCUUGUACCUCAGGCAGGCCCAUCUAGAGCUAUUGAUCCUUCCCACAGCAAAGGUAUUGCGGAUGACCCUUAGAAUCCGUUUUCUGGUCUUCUGAAGUACCAAGGGCAGGUGUCACCUCCUUCCUCAGUGGGACUGACUGUGCUCUACAACCAGCUCCUGCACGUAAAGGGUUUAGAGACUCCCCUUGGCUCCCAGACCAUAUCCAGUGUUGUGUAAAGAGACUGGCCAACAGGACCAACCAAGCACCUUACCUCCCCCAUCCAAGAUGACCCUCUGAGCUUUUCAUUUAUUCAAACUCUGUGAUACAGCCUUUUUUAAAAAAAAUUCAUCUAUAUUGGUUGAUAAGCCACCAACCACUGACUGCAAAACUGCCUGAUGCAAUUGGUUUCCUCCUGGUUUUCUUUUGUUACAACCACCCUUACCUGUUUACGUUAAUUGCAAGGAACAUAACGUACAGGCUCUGUGUACGAUCCUGGGCAUUGACUCCAUGACAUUUCUAGCAUAUCCAAGGCACCACCAGUGAUUUCCCCCAUUUCUUGAAAAAAAAAAAAAAAAAGGUACGUAUUUUGCAAUACGGCUAAACGCUUUCCUGAUUGAGAGUUAAAGCAGUAGGAGUCAAGUUACUGGUGCCACAGAGCUGGAGGUAUGAUAGGUCAGGGGCUGGGUGUUGAACUUAGUUAAUGGAAGACUCAGAGCAGAACAGGUUUGUCAUCUCCGCAAGGCCAGAAAGUGACCACAAAAAGAGGCAGAUAAUAGACACUGGGGUAGGGUCAUACCCCAGGGAAAUACCUUUCCUGGGCUUGUUUUCUAGCAUAUGGUUGACCUGGAAUCUUUGGGUGAUCAAGGGUGUGGUUAGUGGAGGCUCUGUACUGCACGUAUGCAGUAUCCUAUCUCUUUCUACAUCAGGUCAAAACACUAAGUUGGUGUACUGCCUCGACCUUUUUUCAGCUCAUCCUGGAACAUAUACAGGGUUGAGAAUUUUAGACAAUCUCUAGGUAGAGGAGACAAGACGUAGACCCAGACAGAAGAAAUCUGCUUCCCUACCAUGCCUAUUCCAACACCCCACCUGUAAUUCCCAAGUCCUCUAAGGUACUAAUUUGUAGCUGCUCUGAAGUAAUUAUUUCAGAUUCAACUGGUAGGGAAAGACUCUGCACCUGCUGUCUUAGGGAAGAAAUGGUUUAAAUCCAUGUGGUGACAUUGCGUUAGUCUCCCUUUCACUGUUUUCUUAUUCUGUAAUUGUUUGUUAUAUUUCCCAAAAACGUCUUGAUCACUAAGCAAAGCUGCUAGUGGGAUUCUAUAUUUCGUGUCAUCUUUUUUAUUAUAAUUUAUUGCAAAUUUUUUUCUGAAUAAAUAUAUGUUGUGUGAAAAA